UCCAAAACUUCUUUCAUAAACCAAUACUUAUUCUCACGCCGGAGGGUGGUUACAGGAAUAACCCCAUUCCUGUAACGAGUCCUAACGGUGUUUCUGUUUUACAGCCAAGCGUUCGGGUCACUAAUCAUUGAAGCCGUAGGUGCUGCAUAGGUGGUUGCUUCAAUGGAUUGGCCCGAAGCAACAAGAUAUAAAGCAGUUAUAUCUGCUCAAAGACAUAGGCAAGAGAUUAUUCAAGAUUUGUACACCACAAGGGAUGGAGAGCCAGGAGGAAUGAUUAUGGAGCUUUUGCAGUCUUUUAAUCGGUCAACCGGAAGAGCACCUGAGCGUAUUAUAUUUUACAGAGACGGCGUAGGUGAGUCACAGUUCCAUAAUGUUAUGGUGACUGAAAUGGCCAGGAUUCGCUCGGCUUGUAACACAAUGAAGUAUUACCCAAGUUUUACAUAUAUUGUAAUGCAAAAGAGGCACCACACUUGUUUUUUCCCUGCUACUCCGGAGAAUGUUCUCAGGAAUGGCAAUAUCUUUCCAGGAACUGUUGUCGAUACACACGUGUGUCAUCCACAUGAAUUUGACUUCUAUCUGUGUAGCCAUGCUGGCACUAAGAAGACCGAAUACCGAUUGCUUGAAUCAGACUGCAUCCCGAAAGCUUGAAUCAGAGACGUGAACGUGGAGAUCCUAUUGUUCAAGGUUCAAUUUUAAAGUUUUUAGGUCAAACUGUUAGAAAAGGUCGUUGGUCAUUGAAACCCAACGGUUUGGUCAUCUCAUGCGAUUAAACUUGGAAGCCGAAGCAGAUGAUAUCGUGAGGCAGAUAAAACAUGGAUUUACGGUUAAAACCAUAUAGAUACCUAGCAAUAACACCCGUACGCGUUGCGGCGCGGGUACACCGCAAGUAUUGAACGGGUUAGUCCAUAUGUUAUGUUAUGCGUUAAUUAUAUGAA